CGUCCAAUGGCCAAGACCUCAUAAAUGAGUGCGAUGUGGAACGAUGUGACCCAGACGUGACUGCGGUACCUGGACGCGCAGUCCGCGCUUGCUGCGGAUACACACCAGCAACAUGUCCCUCCCACAGCACUGUAUCUUACCUCCUCCCGCCCACCAUGGGAUGGUUGACUGCUUGCGGUGUCUCUCUUCUGGCGGCUUGCGCGACGCAAGGAGCAUACCUUGCUGAACAGGUUCCGCUGAGGACCAACUCUGAGUUCAAUGGUCAGGUCGAACCAUCCUUCACUCUCCCAUGGGAUGAGCCAGUCAGUAAGGAUGCGACAGGGAACCUCAUUUUCCAAUCCCUCGCAUCUCUCAUGCAGAUGGGGGCUAAUUCACGCUAUCCCAAUGGACACUCGAUCGUUCGCGCCAGUAUUCCACCCGGAACAGUCUUCUCUCACGGCAGGAGCACCGACGCUUUCCCUGAGAUGGACUGGAUCGCCCUCGACUCGGAGCACUCCCAAGGUUUUGCGCGAGGGAACAACGGCACUCUCUUCACGUUCAGCGCCGCGCGCGAGCUCAAGUUGGUCUACUUUGACGGAUGCAGCGGCAACAAGAUGGCUGGCGUCAUCGACACACAGCAUCUGCUCGUCUGGGGCGAGAUCGAACACAAGUACAACUCGACCGGUAUGUUCGGCGAGCGUGAACUCAUAGUAGAAGCCUGCAAGUGGGGUGAGGAAUAUGGAAUAGAUGGGUUUGUCAGGAUGGAAAUUAACUUUGAGAUUAUGUAUUGCAACUUCUCCCGAGGCUUGGAACUUGUCUCGGCCAUAAAUAUCAUCAACCGCGGAGGAAUUGGCGGCGGACCUGGCGGUGGACCUGGAGGUGGACGCGGAGAUAGGCCGGGAAGCGGGGGAGAUGAACGACCGGCUGAUCCACCGGAGAGGCCUCCUCGAGGCGGACCUGGAGGACCCCCAGGAGGAUCGGAUAGGCCAGGAGGACCAGGUUCUCCACCGGAUGGCCCGGACGCCCCUCCAGGUAGGCCAGGAGAGCCAGGGGGUCCUCAACGACCUGGUCGUAGUCCGACCACACCUCCCCAGGGCUGGAAAGGCACCAUGCCUUUAACGAUGCGCGACGAAGGUAUGCGCGCUGCUGCCUGGCACAAUGCCUUCCCGGGUGACCUGCGCGUGCACGUGGAUCCCUCGGGGAUGAUCUCGUUCUUCGACCCAACGUUCACGUCCCUCAUCGAUUCCCGGCGCUCACUCCCACGCGAGCAGUACCGACUGCUGAACAUUUCUGAGGCUGACAUCGCGGCUGCUCGGGCAGACAUCGCGGACGUGUUUUCACGCUCGCCCAAUGCGGGCAGCGGGGUGGACUGGCGCGGUCUCGCACAGGUCGUGCAGGACAGGUUCUCUGAUCGCCUGCCGUACUUACGCUAUCUGCUACACCAAGAGGUGGCCAACGCAACCGCACACGCAGCGGAGGUGCGCCAGCAGCUGAUCACGUCCCUCCUCCCGUAUAUGCCGCGGGCCGAGGUGGGCUCGCCGGGCUGGUUCGGCGAGAUCGCGCGUGGCUGCCGAGCGAGCUUCACGGAGCGUCUCCCGACGGCGCGUUUCACGAAGCAGGAGCGGCUGUUGCGGAAUGCGGUGGAUGAAGUGCUUCACGAGGUUUGCAGGGUGCUGACUAUGGCGUGGCGGGAGGCGUUCGAUGUGGAGGAGCAGAAUGUGGAAGUUGUCGAGGGCUUGUUGGAAAAGUGGAGGGACCAGGUCGAUGCGCUGAUUGAUUGGCUGGACUGGCCUGCAUGGCUGGAGUGUAACCCGGCGUGCGGUGUCGAUGAGUUUUGCUAUGUGCGACAGCAUUCGCGGUUCGGUCGCGGGGACGAUGGAAAUGGAGACCGUUUGCCUCGAUGUGUACCAAUGGCGCAUGCGUUUGGAUCUGGGCUGUUGCCACGCGCAUAGAGCAACGUUAUGCCUUUUUAUGAAGGAUGGAUUCCGGUCGCCAGACAGGGAGAAAGCGAAUAUUAUUUACUUGGGAAGUUUUCGAUUCGUGUGUUCUGAUGUCUCGUA